AUGGGUGACGAGUUUGAAGGCGCGGGGCAGCGUUAUGCUUUUCUUCUACGUCCACUGAAGGAUCUUGGCAAAAACUUUGAGAUUGACAUCGCGAAGGAACUUGACGAUUAUUGUCAGCAACUGAAAGAUGUUGCUGAAGACCAGGAGAAUGAUGUCAAUAAUGAGCACAGAUUUAAUUUCGCCGAAGCAGCAAUGCUUAUCCAAGGAUCGGCGUUUGUGUUUGGAAGAAAAGUCGAUUACGUUCAUUCUCAAGCUGUUCACUUCUUCGAAGCAUUGCAGUCGCACAAAACUAAGAAGAAAAAGAAAGGUUUGUUUACUGGAGAUACAUGUCUAGCCAACCCAGGUAAAACGACACAUUGCAUGGUUCCCAAAAUUGUUUUUGGUUGUCCCUUCACUAUCCUGUAGCG